AUGAGUUUUACGGCAACGUUGGCAAUAUGUGGAGUGGGAGCAUUAGCUUUCAAAUACUGUGGUCAGGAGGCGGUGAUAGAUGAAGAUUUUCCACGCGGGAAAGAGAAUUAUCCGGGCAUGAUAUUCAAACAGGAAAUGAGUAUCAUUGCGCAUAGAUUUCAUGAGGUGACACGCAAUUUCUGGCGCGAAGCUUUGAGAGGUGAUGUGUAUCUCUUUCCAUUAAAGGGAAUUGUGGAAAUGUUGAGUAACUUUAGCUACGUUUGGUCCUGGCUUAAGCCCUUUAUCGUUUAUUUGACGGUUUACACGAUAAUUUUGCUGAUAUAUUUUGCUACAGUUCUUCCAGUUUAUCUGGCGAUACUUGGAGUUUUGGGCCCAUUAGGAUUGGUCCUGGCAUACUUGCAUUUCUUGCUGCAUGCAAAUAUGCUAAGCAUGAUGAUAAUGAGAAUGUCACAGCUUAACGUGCCCCUGUUCUUCAAGACCCUACAGAACAAGAAAAAGGAUGCCUUUAUCAAUCGCGCAUUGCAUUCAAGCCAAACUGCUAAGAGGUUUUACAUCCCCAUGAAUACGGGCUAUUACUGGCUCAAUUACAUGCCUUGGAGAAUUGUCGUUUAUUCAAUCACCUCUGGCGUAGUAAUCACUUUGGUGUUGUUGUCCUUCGUACCAAUACUGGGACCCGCCAUUUUCUCCGCUGCUAUCUCGCCAGUUAUAAGCAGAAUCUAUUUUUCCAAAUACCUUCGUCUGAAAAAGCUCGACAAUCGCGAGCGUCAGUCAAGAUUUUAUGCUAAGUUCGGCGGCUACAGCGCCUUCGGUUUCGUGGCCGGUCAACUAGAAACUUUACCAAUCGUUUCAGGAUUAAUCUACUCUUCUAAUAUGGUCGGCGUUGGUUUGCUAGCCGAAAAGGAGCUCGAUGAAUUGGAAACCGUUGUACAAAGACCGGUAGAAUUGGUAGGCUCGGUGGAACCAGCGGAACCAGUGAUAGUCGAGGAAGAUACAGUUGAGCCUGUUCUUUGA